GGACUCCCUUUCACUGGCAUAGGUAUGGGUAAAUGGUUCCAGAUUAUCAAUUUAGACAAGAAGCAAACCCUCGGAGUGUGGGGAAAGGUGGGCGAGUGGUUCUUCCAUGAUAAGUCGUCUUGUCUUGUCGAGCGCCUUGCUGCACCAAGGAGGCCCCUCAGGUAAGCUGAUAGCAUUACUGAAGAUUAUCUCCUAAGUGUGAUUCCAACUCCCAGACAGUCUGGAAUCUUGCGUUUCCCCAAUGAAAUCCUCGGUCUCGUCUUCGCAGAAAUGAACGAUAUCAAAGAUGUGAUGCUAUUUGGCCUCACCUUAGAUAUACGGGCUCACUGGGCAGGAGAUCGUAUCAUCUGCAUCGGAGACGGUACAUGGGAUGCAGAUCUACCAGAGGCUGAAAUACAGGAUCUAGGUUUAGAUCGUAAAUCCGACCAGGAUGGUUUUCUUUCAGACCACACUCUCUACAACGUUGCUGCUACCUACUUCUGCAAACCACCCGUUUUACCACAUAUCUACAAGGUGUUCGCAGCGGGAAACCGGGAGGAUCACUUUUACCUCAAAGCAUUCCCCACACGUGCCGAGAGAGAUAUCUUGAGCCGUUUGCUCGAGCAGGUCUACGCAUUGGAGGAGGAGGCAUUGGUUCUUGCCAACCUGACCAAGCGGGAAUAUGUUCGGGUGAGCUUAAUCUUAGACCUCAAGGAGUUUUUGCCAGCAUCUUCCAACGCUCCUCUCGUCGGAAGAAAUAUGACUUUAGGGUCUGUCCUGGUGCAUCGGAUUGGUUUGCCUUGUGAUAUUUCCGUGUGCGAGUACAAUGACGACACUGGUGGGGAUGCGCACCAUGGUGUAUGGGUCGGCGAACUUGCGAUCAGCACCAUCAGCGAGCUGAAUCAAGACAAGGGCGAAAAGGAAUGGAAAGAUAUCAUCAGUGAAGUAAUUGAGGAGACGAUUGAGAUGUGGAAAAAAGAAUUUAACUACGACUGGGAAAGCAGGCUGUAAGUGGGUGCAAUGAAGCUUGUACUGUGCUGGCUGCACUUACAUCACCACAGAAUGUGGUUGAUUUGACCAACAACUGUGCACGAGCAGCAGCCGUUGAAUAUUUUUGAGUGUCAGGUACAUGGCUUUCUGACCAUGUGAGUGAUUUAUCGUCAAAAUCACUCAAAAAAGAAGUGAUGAACUUGUGACCAUGCUAUUGAUAUGAACAUACAUUAAUUCCAAGC